AGGUGACCUUCUAAAUUGUUGUUAUUUUAUUAUAUCUAUUAUUAUUUAUAAACAUAGGAUUGAGAUAUGUUUAUGUUGCAUAAUAACAGACUGGUUCACUGAUCAUUGAAGUACCGCCUAUCAAACAAAUAACUUCAAUUAAAUUAUUCUACAGACUACAAUCAAUGUUUGUAUGAUGUUAAAUAAAUAAAUUAUCAUCUAAACUUCAAGUUGGCGAUAAUUGUUCAAGAUGAACAGUUUAGUUUUGAUCAUUGUUAUUUUAAUAACAGUAAAUAAUGGUUUAACGUCUAAUAUAUUAGCCUUUUUACCAAGUAAAGCACGCAGCCACUAUGGAGCGUUUGAACCGUUAUUCAAAGAAUUAGCAGAAAAAGGUCAUAACAUGACUGUUUUAUCGCCAUUUCCAAUGAAAAAUCCACCUCCAUCUUACCAUCAUAUUCAAGUUGAAGAUGAAGAUCUCGUUAUGGGUUUUAAUCCGUUCGAUGUAGCUAGACAUUUCAAACCAAUUUUAGUUCCAUUUAGAUCUUGGUUUAUUUGGCCAAAAUUUACAGAAACAAUAUUAAAUAAACCGUCUAUUCAGAAAUUGAUUCAUUCAGAAGGACUUCAUUUUGAUUUAGUUUUAUUCGAAAACUUCUACCAUGAGUGUUUUGUAACUCUUGGACAUAAAUUCAAUGCACCUGUUGUACAACUAUUUCCAUCUAUUCCAAAUGCUGGUGUAGCACAGUGGCAUCAUAAUCCAUAUAUUGGAUCAUAUAUUCCAGAUAUCAACACUGGAUUUUGUGACAAUAUGUCUUUCAUAGAACGUUUGACAAAUACUGUAUUAUCAUUUAUACAUACAGCUUUGGGUUCAUUUUACUACUUGCCAAAGCAAAGAGAUUUAAUGAAUAAAUAUUUUAACUAUACUGGUUGGGAGACACGACCGUCAAUAGAGAACAUGCUAAACAAUAUUUCACUGACAUUGAUUAAUACACACUUUUCUGUUGGAACACCAAGACCUCUUGUUCCUUCAUAUGUAGAUGUAGCUGGAAUGCACCUCAAACCUGCAUCUUCACUUCCAGAAGAUCUCCAGGAUAUAAUGAACAAUGCUUCUGAUGGAGUCGUAUACUUUAGUUUUGGUUCUGUACUCAAACUAACACAAUUGCCCAAAAAUGAAUUUGAAAUUUUUAUUAGACAACUUGGUAAAAUUAAGCAAAAAGUAUUAUUUAAAUGGGAAUCGGAUAAUAAAAUAGACUUUCCGCCAAAUAUAAUCGCCAGAAAAUGGUUUCCACAAGUCGAUAUUCUAGGCCAUCCUAAUUGUAUACUAUUUAUCACUCAUGGAGGCAUACACAGUACUGAAGAAGCUAUUUACUUUGGAGUGCCAAUGUUAGCUAUAUCAGUGUUUGGAGAUCAGUUGCAUAAUUCAUUAGUAAUGCAGAACAGAGGUGCAGCAAUUCAAAUUAAAUACAGUGAAUUUACUGAAGAUGUACUUGAAAUAGCUUUAAAUAAAAUAUUGAAUGAAAAAUCGUUUAAACAAAAAGCAACAGAACUAUCACAAAUAUUUCAUGAUCAACCAUUAAAUUCAUUAAACAAAGCUAUUUACUGGAUUGAGUAUGUAAUACGCUACAAUGGGGCACAUCAUUUGAAAACAGCUGCUGGCCAAUUGACUUGGUAUGAAUUUCUACUAAUUGAUGGUUUGUUUUUGGUGAUCAUCAUGAGAAUAAUUAUAACUGUAAUAUUGUGGUAUGUAGGAAAAAAAUUGUGGAGAAGAUUUCGUAGUAUAAAAUUUAAAAAGAACUAAGAAAAGAUAUAUUUGUAAUAUAAAUAAAAAUGUAUAAUUUUCUCUGAUUAGGAUUUAGGAUACUUAACUGUGUAAUAUUUCAUGACAAAUAGGUAUAUUUUAAUGAUCUUAGAUAUUCUUAAUUAAAAUGAAUAUAUUAAUUA